AUGACAUCUAUUCCACGACCAGAUUCGACGACCGUUCAAAGCAUGAUGGGCGGCCGCAUUGCUAUCGUCACCGGAGCCGCACGAGGCAUCGGGUUUUCAACUGCCUCUCUACUUGCUCAGAGCGGAGCACGAGUAGUUCUGGUGGACCUACGCGAGAACGAUCUCAAACAGGCGUGUUCAAAUAUCGGUCACCGAUCAACAUACCAUGUAUGCGACGUGAGCAACUGGGAUCAGCAAAUCGCUCUGUUCGACCAUGUCAAGACCACCAUCGGCCCUGUUGACCUUCUUGUCUGCAAUGCCGCUGUCAACCCUGAGAUUUCUCUCUUACAAACAUCGGACUCGAUACAGCAUGCGAAGAUGAAUGGCCAGGUCCGCUAUAACUACCUGGCGGACGAACAUAGCAAGGAUGGAUCCGCGCUGCAAUGCCCACCUACCCAGCUAUUCGAUAUCAACGUCAACUCUGUUAUUUUUGGGCUCAAACUAGGCAUUCAUCACAUGAAACAAAAUGGAGGAGGUCACAUUGCGGUAGUCGGAUCGGCUGGCUCUUAUGUGCCCAUCCCUUCGCAGCCGCUCUAUGCGGCUAGCAAACACGCUGUGUUGGGAUUGGUCCGCAGCACAGCGCAGAUCGAGGAUGUCGUCAAAGCAGGCAUCACAAUUUCUUGGAUCGCACCCUGGUUGACAUUGACGUCCAUGGUGGAGGGUCUUGAGGCAACAACGCACCCAAAUACUCUCAAGAGCUCUCCAGAGGAUGUUGCGUGGGCGGUUCUGACAGCGGUCGCGGCUGAGAGCCCCAACGGCAAGGGCUAUUGGGUGCAAGGGACCAAUAUUAGUGAGGUUGAAGGGGCAUAUUGGGAGGUUGCAAGCCGAUUGAUUCUUCCAGAGAAUCGGUUCUAG